AUGCAUUCUCCAUCUCCACAGCUUCUACGUGCCUUGCGUACUUCAAUAGCAAACGAGUAUGCCUUGACUCCUCGCCAAUUCCACCCAACCCGCCACUCUCUAAGCUCGGGGCUAUCAUCCUACCGCAAAUACAGCAGCGGUGGAAACACCAACAUCGCUCCUCACAGACCUCCUCGAGUCGCUCCUCGUUUGCAACCCACAAAACCGCAAACCCACGAUCGCGGACCCCGGUCUGAGGAAAAGACUCAAACCGAUUUCGCCGAACUGAAUGUGUUUGGGAAUAUACCCACUCCAGCAACUGCGGUUGAUGCAUGCCUAGACGACGGGUUUCAUCUUGAUAAUGGUAUCAAGGUUACCAACGGCGAUGGCGUGUUGCUUGUAGCUGGAGAAGCCUUUGCUUGGCGGCCAUGGCAAUUGUUGAAGAAUACGGAGAACCCAAAACGAUCCAUGGUUAACGAGAAGGGACAGUUUGAGUUGCCGGAAGAAGCUUGGGGGUUGCUGAGUCUGGUUUGGCCUCGUCCUGACCUCUUGGUUUUAGGGUUGGGAUCUACCAUUAUUCCACUGUCGCCCCAAACGAAGAGACACAUCAACUCGCUGGGAAUGAGAGUCGAGAUUCAAGAUACUCGCAAUGCGUCGGCACAGUUUAAUUUGCUUGCUACUGAACGUGGAGUCACCGAGGUCGCGGCAGCUAUGAUUCCACUCGGGUGGAGCGCUCGAUAG